UUCGGCUCUUCAAUUCUACUAUCUCAUAAGUAGGCUUUUCGUGCACAGUGAUCCAGAGUUCAAACCAAAAAAAGAAAUGGAGGUUUCUGUCAAAUUUCUUUCCCUUUUGGUACUGUCAAUAACGAGUUUGAACUUUGGUUUUAUUUCACAAUGUGUCCAGGCAAUACGGACCAACCCAAAUGAGCCAACACAUUAUUACAACAGUACUACUUCGAUUCCAUGUGUCAUUGUUUUUGGAGAUUCUGUUGUUGAUACCGGAAACAACAACAAUCUUGAAACCAUCAUGAAAGUGAACUAUCCACCUUAUGGCAAGGAUUUCAUUGGAGGAAAGCCUACUGGAAGGUUUUCUAAUGGAAAAGUUCCUUCUGACUUGAUUGCUGAAGAGUUGGGAAUCAAAGGGAUUUUACCAGCCUAUCUUGAUCCAAAUCUGCAAGAUGAGGAUCUCAUAACAGGGGUCAACUUUGCUUCUGGAGGAGGAGGUUUUGAUCCUCUGACAUCUGAGCUUGUGAAUGUGAUAUCACUCUCGGAUCAGUUAGAACUGUUCAAAGAAUACCUGAUCAGACUAAAAGGGAUUGCUGGAGAUGAUAGAGUAGCCGCAGUUUUAAAAGAUGGCCUAUUUUUUGUUGUCACUGGCAGCAAUGACAUUACAAACACUUAUUUUAGCACCCCUUUUCGGAAAUCCCACUAUGAUGUUCCAUCCUAUACUGAUCUUAUGCUCAGUUCUGCAUCCAGUUUCAUCCAGGAUUUGUAUGGAAUCGGAGCACGUAAAAUUGGUGUGUUUGGUCUACCACCAAUUGGAUGUGUUCCAUCACAGAGGACACUGAAAGGUGGACUAGAAAGAGACUGCGCAGAAAACUUCAAUGAAAUGGUACAGUUAUUCAACACCAAGCUCAGUGCGGAAAUCAACCAUCUCAAUACCAAAUAUCCGGAUGCGAGGAUUGUAUAUGGUGAUAUCUACAAUCUUCCCCUUGACCUCAUCUACAACCCACAAAAAUACGGUACUACAUUUAAAUGUAAGAACUAAACCAAUUGAUGAAGGUGGAGUUUUGAAUAAACUUUACAAAGCAUUAAUUAAUCUUUGCAGGAUUUAGUUUUGGGAAUGUGGGAUGCUGCGGAACAGGGAAAUUGGAAGUGGCGUUUUUGUGCAAGUACACAUGUUCAAACGUUGGAGACUACGUAUUCUGGGACAGUUUUCAUUUGACAGAGAAAGCAUACAGAGUUCUUGUCCGAGAAUUCCUCAAGAAAAAUCUCAACCGCUUCAUCAUCUGAGAAAAAUACUUACUACUACAAAAUUCAACAUGGUUAGCUAGCUUACGAGAUCCUUAAGGAAGAAACACAUUGUGCUUCGAAUGACGACUAACAACAUUACAUAGUGAUCUUUAUUGAUCGAUAUUCUUUUGUCUCAAAAGUCAGCCUUGUAAUACUACUAGUUAAACUAUAUUCACUGGGAGAAACCAG